CUUUAUCUCUUGUGCGACACUCACACUGAAACAAACCCAAACCUCACACACUCUGACACACAGUCACACCACAUGCUGCAGGACUGUUCGCUCAGGAUGGCCACACAGAGAAAAUGCCACAAAGCAUCAAGUGUUGCUUUCUUAAUCUGUCUCUUUGCUGUCUCAUUUCAAGUGAUUUGUGACGAUGUGCAUGAAGAUUCAGACGUCAACACCCGUGGGGAUGGUGAUCCAUUCAUUCCAACAGCAAAGGUGCAGCACAAAGAAGAUCCUCAGAUCCAGACUGUCAUUUUCCCCACUUUGUCACCUGAUUCAGAGACGCCACAAACUGAGAUCACUGAGUCAACUCAGCCUGACACACAGACCCCAGAUCAGACCAAACCAAACACACCUGAAAUAAACAGUGUCACCUCUAAGGGCAAUGUGGUCUGUGUGGAUAAAAUACCAGUGCGAUACAAAUAUGAUGUGCUGCUGAAACUAAAGGCCUCCUCCACAUGUGAAGAGACUAAAGUCAGGAUACAGAGUGUUGUAGAACAUCUUUGUGGUGAAGACUGCAAACUUGAAAUCUAUCAGAAAGACAACACGAAUGAGAUCAUUGUUUACGGAGACAGCAUUGAAGCUGAUCCUGAAGGAAUGGCUGGAAAGUUCAACAAUGACAACAUCACAGAUAAGGUGGAAGUAGAGGAGGCGGUGUCCCGAAUUGGCCAGCACUCUAAAAUUGUCUUGAUCUCUCUUCUGAUAACGGGUUUGCUUCUUGCUGCUUUGUUAAUUGCUGGAUACCUUCUAAAGACUCAUCGAGGACAAUCUAAAGGGCUACGACUGGCUGAGGACUCCUUUCAAGUGGAUCAAGAGAACCAAGGAAACACACUGCUGUCUGUGGCUCCUCUGCCUCAACAGGAGCCUUUGGACAAGCCAAUCAUCAAUGGAGAGUCUCCAGAAUCUCCCCCCACCAAUGGACACUCCGCCACCCAGACACAAGUGGCCGAUACUCCAAUGUAACAGACUCUGUGUCAACAUCAAUCCAAUGACCAACAUGAAGCAUGAACAAACAUCAUGGCUUAUCAUGAACAACAACAUUAGGUGUGAUAAAAAACUGCAACAUUGAUGAUGCUGAGAAAAACAAUGAUGAAAGUACAAUAAACUGAUUGCUGGGCAGCCUUUUGUGUAAACACAAGAGAUAAAAGAAUCAAAUCUGUUCCAGUUGAGGCUGAAAUGUUAGCUGAUGAUUAACAAUUCAGAAACCAGAUCAAUUAUACAAAAAUCAGACAUUUACACUUUCAAAUAUGUUUGGAUUCCACCAGUGCGACAAUUCUCUUGAGAUCUUCCAUGCUCAAGGAAUAUAAUGAAUAGGAUUUGUAUUAUACGAUUAGAUGAGCCAAAAUCUUAAGUAUGUACAGUAUUCAAACUGGAAAAGCAUUCUCAAGUCUACAACUGCUGCUCUACAUGCAUAGUAUGCUUUGGUACAUCAGAAAAGUUACUAUUGUCUGCAUUCAACGGUUCUUAAAAUUAUGAUUCUUAUCAGUUACAAUGGGGUUAUCAACCCUGGCCUUUCACUGACUUAAAUAUAGUAUCAUUUUCAAUUGCCUAUGUUAAUAUUUUGCAUUUUCCAUUCUUGAUUUGAUUCAUUUCAGUAAGGUUCUGGACGCUUAUGCAUUUCAGAGAUUUUUGCAUUUGGCAGAUGCUUUUGUCCAAAGCAACUCUCAAGAUACAUUUAAUCAGUAUGUGUGUUUUCUGGAAACUAAACUCAGGACCGUGGUAUUUCUAGCAUUAUUCUCUACAAGCUGAGCUGAAAAUGUAUAAUGAGCAAAAAGCUUGAGUGGUAGAGUGGUAACACAAAUACUGCUAAAAAUCUUGAGUGUUAGACACAUCACUCAUUAAACACAUUUGCAUGCAGAUCUUAAUGAUAAUGUCUGAUGAAUCACUGCUGUCAUCACAUUUUAAAAAAGCAACAAAGACAAACUCGUCUCUACAACAAAUUACAAUUUUGACCUUUACAGUUUUUGUUAACUGCAUAUAUUUUUAUACAAAGUAUAUUUUGUUUUAGAAUUUUUUGGUUUUGUGUGUAAUCUAGACAUUCAGUUACUCAGUGGGGGGGGGGGGUAAAGAAAAACGUGAAGAUUUAGGAUUGUUGUUUAGCAUGUGGAAGUGUGUGUACUGUAUGAGUGAGUGCUUAAAUAGUUUUGUUUGUCAUAUCAUUCAAUUUACUGUUGAGAAGGCAAAUUUCUGAACUGCUACAGAAUAAAACACAAUUUUCAUAAUGUUUGAACACAAUAGCAAUAAUGAGUGAUUAGCAUAGUAUGUGUUUUUUUUUAUAUACUGUAUCUUGACAUUCUGAGAAAUUUUGAAAAAUU